AUGGCUAUGGCAGCUCGCCGUGAGAAACGGAAGCUGGCCAAGAAUCCACCAGUCACGAAAUAUAAUUUGGAUCCAAAUACUCCAGUCCAUCGACAAUCACUUGCAACUACUGCUAUGGUUGAAGCCAAGCAGCCCGCAAUCACUCCCCAAUUGCGUUAUGCCAUUCCCGAUCAACCACAAAGAUCGGAGCUAUCUAUGAACAGGAACAAGUCUGAGCAUAAAGGGCAAAGUGAUUGGAUGGUUCCGUUCUGUCAUCACCCCGAGGGUGAUCACACAACUGCCUUGGAGGGAUUAUUCGUUCCUUGUCUUCUAUAUGGCAAGAGUCACUGGCGAUUGAAGAAUGUAGCUCUUGGCCGAGAUCCGCAUAAUUUCAAGUCUUCUGACGGUUGUAACUCAAUGUGUUGGAUCCAUGGUGCCUUGACAGCUGCUUGUUGUUUGUCGAUUGGUCUUACUCUUAUACAGCGUGCCCGCAUUCGUGCCCAAUACAGAAUCUUAGGGUCUAUGGGGAAUGAUGUUAUCAAAUCAUGUUUCUGUGGUCCAUGUGUUAUGAUACAACAUGAUCGAGAAGUCCGGGCUAGAGAAGGUGCUUCAGGGCUAGCGAGAUUCCCCAAUGAAGCACAAAUGUCUUGGAAACAACCCAAACUUUCACAACCAAUGAAAUAUGUCUCGCAAAAAGCACCUUCGGCCGAAAAUCCUGGCAUAGAAAACAGGAUAUUCAAUCAUGGAAGGCGUUUUACGAAUUCUGAGCUUCAAGAGGUACCUGCAGUAGCUUUGAGUAUCAGUGAACAUAGCCGUCAGGGCUCGAAUUACCAGAGCACCGAUCAACAUUGUGAGAUGGAGGAAUUGAGAGAUCAUAUGCUUAUGGAGCCGCAUAGGAGGGCUAUCAACUCUAGCAAUGCCGGUGCCGCUGUUGAUGGUACUACAUCUUCAACACAGAAAACCCGAGUAAGUUCAGAGAGACUCAGUCUAGGCAGUAUUUCCAGUUGUAGCACAUUUGCUAUUGAGCCAGAUUCGCCGAGUCCUUCAGUUCACGGAAGUUAUUUACGGGUCAAAGGUUGCGAGAAGCUCUCUAGAAUGCCAGCAAGAGGAAACCUCUCUUACGUUCAUGACUUCUCUGAUUACUCCGCUGCCAAGAUUGUAUUGGAUCAUUAUGCGAAAGAAGAAAGACUCUUGCAGGAGAAAGGGACUGUCCGAUGUCCCGCCCACUUUCGUGAAGAUAAAGAGAAUCUUCUGCUGCCCGCCUUGGAUGAUCUUGUUGUACCAUCCACCACAUCCUCUGGUUCAAGCACUGUUCGGCAGCAUACGUUUAAAGGAGAUGUUGAUGAAAUGCCGCUUUCCGAGCUUGCCAACCCGCGUCGCAUCGAUAGCUGCGCUGAAUCGGUGGAUUCCGCUUGGUUAUUGGAUACACCAAUACAACAUCGAAUCACGAGUUGUUCCAUUAUGCCUAGGAAUCCGUCUAGUAUCCAAAGGUCAAUAAGGCAACACCGAAUAGCAAGCUGCCCUGCUACACCUGGUACUCCGGUUAUUAGGACCCCCGAAAGCCCUGCAGAUAAGAAUCGCAUGCUAAGUUGCACCGUCGAGACCGCACCUACAUCAAACUCACCUUCUCCGGUUAUGCAAAACAACUACUCAGCAUCUAUCAUGGAUAUCGUGGAUGAUUCCAACCUCUCAACUCCUCUUAUUCAAUAUUCACAAUACGGACAUCUUUUAGACGAGAGUACUCUCGAAUCCGGCUCGCCUGUCUCUAGAUUAUCAUCGGGAUCUCGAGCUUUCAGUUGUACGGCGAUCAACCCUGUUUCUCGUGAGCAACACUCCUUGGAGGGUUGCCCCGACCUUACUGGUGACUGCAGUCCUAUUACAAUCAGACAACACCGUAUAUCGAGCUGUUGUGCUUCGAUCCCUUCUGGUAGUAUGACUCAAAGCAAUGGAGAUGGAUCUCAUAGGUUAGAAGACUGCAGCUUUAGGACUGGAUCUUCUACGCCUAUUCUCACUAAGCCGUAUAGAUUUGCAAGCUAUGCAGCUGAUAGUCCUCAAUCAAGUCGUAAAAGCUCAGCGGUAAUGGCUCACUUGAUGGAAGAUGGAUGUCUACUUUCUGGAGUUGCAAGCCCUGUCAAGCAGCAUCGUAUUACAAGCUGCGGUGGUAAUGCCAGUGGUGGAAAUUCGACGAAUAACAAGAACGAAAACGGCUAUAUGUCAUCGGGCUCAUCGACUCCUAACCCACGUCAGCAUCGGGCCGUAAGCUGCAUCGCUUCUACCGUCAUCUCGGAGUGCGACGAGCAUUUACUUGAUGAUUGUGAGUACGAUUCUAAAAUCAGCACCCCACUUUUGCAACACAAUGAGAUAGACUGCGAUGUAACUUCAGGGUCGGGAGAAGAACAGGGACGCCUAUUGGCAGUAUUGGAAGAAGAACGGGAGCACUUACUAGAAGAUUAUGCUGCAGAUUCUGGCCUUUCCACUCCUCUCCGACAGCAUCGAAUUUCAACUUGUGUCGUCUCUAGCCCCUCGAGCAACAGAAAUUCAGUGGUAAAGCAGCACAGAGCUUCUAGUUGCCCCUCUAUAAUGCCGGCUGAGGGUAGUCAACCAAACGGCAUAUCUCAUGAUUCUCUUCGACUUCCUCGUGAACCGCUCGUCGGUACCAGCGAUAACGAGCAAUCAACUCACACAAACUACGAGGAUUGUCUACACAGUCUGGAUGACUAUAUUGCUCCAGCCGACACAGCGAAAAUAGAAGCUAGUGCAAGUCAGGACACCGAGUAUGAAGAAUAUAGCACAAGGAUUGCUCGAAAUUUCAACGACCAAAGCUCUGAGUUUAAUGAGAAGUCCACUAUCGGAAAAGAAGGGAGUCGGAGACCCAGACUCAACGAUUUUGCGUCACACGAAAGCGAUGCUCGAUUUACACUUGCUCAAGUCCUUUCUUUAGAUCAAGAGAAACCCUUCAUCGGUGUGACUCCAAUGGACGGAGAUGGAACCAUGAGUAUGGCGAGCCGGAAAGGCAGCGUAACGCCGCCAGCACCAUUUCCAUCGCCCGCUGCUCCUUAUCCCUCGCCGAUCACUCCAUUGCAUAUUUCUGGCGCCUAUCCGCCAUCUAUCACGUCUUCGAGCCUGAGGAAAGAUAAAAGGAGAUUUCCUUCGGAACAAAGUUCGGCUGGGAGUGGGUUUGCUAGUUAUUUUGGAUUCGGUAGCUCGAAGAAGACGUCAUCAGGGUUGUGA